GAAUCCGGACUCCGGACUCUCGAGGAGAAGACGAACAAGAGCGUCAUGCGUCAUGCGUCGUCGUCGACCCCGUCGUCAUCCUUACGCAUGCGUCGGAAGUAUAUCUUGUUAUAGAGCAUAGCAUCCCAGCAGAGGGGUGAUACUCGACCUCUCAAUUGUCAGCGAAGUCAUUGCAAGUAGUCGUGAAAUGUGAUCACGUCGAGGAGGAGGUCUGUCUCCUUGUGCCCAAUCGCAAACAAUUUUAUCGUUCUUAUAUAUUAUCGAUCUCGCGAUCGAGUCAUUUUGCCCUGGAUACCAGUCAUAAAACCGCGUUGAUUGUAAGCGAGACGAUCGAUACGGAUGGCGGAUAGAGGUAGACGACGCGAGAGUAUCCUGACGUGUCUAUCAAGUUGAGCAAUAAUAAUGCUCCGGAAUUUUCCGGAGGAAGGAACAAGAUUCGCCAAGUUGUCGACGAUGAGAAUUAACAUAAUCAUGUAAGAUUCGGCCCCGUCAACGCGAAACGACGGGUUCCGGAUGGAAAAGAGAAAGAAAGACCGAACAAGAUUUAGUUUCUACGUCGGAUUUAAUUUCCUCCUCGUCGCGGGAUCGUGUAACAUCACAGCAUCCAAUCGUGAUGUGACGCGAAAAGACGGGGAAAAGAGAUGCACGCCAAUUUUGUUACGUAUUAAAAAUACAAAUACAAAUGCAUUGCAUGCCAUGAAUAUUAAUAUCGUAAGAUAAGAAGAAAAAUAACGCAUACGUGUAUCAUAAUUUGAAUUGCAACAUGAUGAUUGGAGGCCGAUGCCUAUUGCGCACAAGAGAGACUUGUACAAAAAUAAGAACGGAACGAGCUUAAACAAGCGCUGUGAAUCAGUGCAUUUGAAUAAGAAUAUUCACAAAGAUGAAAAAAAGAUUAUUGUGGUGCGGCUUCACAUUCGCCGUCGUGCUGCUCAUCCUUAUGAUCUCGACCGAGAACAACAUCAUCCAAAGGAUACCGUUCUUUGAUAUGUCGACAAUCCACAAUAUCAAAUGUUACGAUGAAGUCUCGUCCGCAGAAAGCAUUCGUGAUUUCGAUGCAGAAUCAAAUGACAAACCGGUACUAGGAAGGAACAUCUUCUUCCACGAGACUUCCUGCUUCGGCGAGGAAGGUCUUGUGCUGAAUGCCCGGCAAGCCUGUGCCGUGGAAUCGGCGGCGCGGAUGAACCCGACGAUGACCGUGUAUCUAUUGUUCAUCAGCAAAUCCGACUUCUCCAACAGCACACGCGAGAUUGUCAGGCACUUGCUCAAUUAUCGUAACAUCAAGAUCCGACACAUCUAUCCAAAUAGAUACGUAAAGGACACGCCGUUUGAAGUGUGGUACACUAGUGGUAUGUUGAAGAAAAGCCACUGGCCCGCCAGCCACAUGUCCGAUAUGCUGCGUUACUUGACCUUAUGGAAGUAUGGCGGUAUCUACCUCGACCUAGACGUAGUGGUCAUCAGUUCGUUGGAGAAUCUGACGAAUUUCGCCGGUGCCGAGGAUUGGGACGACGUCGCCGCCGGUGUUAUGGGCUUCGAUACGUCGGAGCUUGGUCGACGCAUAGCUGAUGCCUGCGUGCGUGAUUUCAAGAAGAACUUUCGCGGCGAUGUCUGGGGCAACAAUGGACCCGGAGUUAUCACCAGGACGUUGCAAAAGCUUUGCGGGACGAUAAACGUGCGAGAUAUGACGACCGAUCGUUGUCGCGGCUUCACGGUAUUCCCACCGUCGGUCUUCUAUCCGAUUCACUAUAAAAAAUGGAAGAAAUAUUUCGACACGAGGGACAAUAAUGCGACAUUGAAAAUAUUGAGCAAGGCAAAGGCUAUUCACGUGUGGAACAAGUUGAGCAAAGCUGAACAGGUGCGAGUGAACAGUCACGUGCCAUAUGCCGUUAUCGCGAGGAAGCACUGUCCCUACGUUUUCAACAAUUGUGGUAAAAUAUUUUAAAUCCGUGUACAUACAUUGUAGGAAAAUUAGCGAAAGUUCGACUAAUAAAACAAUAUAGGAAAAAUCCAAACAAUCCAAAUCUCUGUAAGAAAAGCGCAUCUGAUUUUAAAAAAAAGAACGCGUCGAGGGCUCGCCGAAUCAAAUUAUUUAACGAGAUAAAGGCUGAUUUAGAAAAGUAUUCUAAUGAUCCCGCAAUACUUGUACAUACGAAAAAAUUAUAUAUUUAAUAUAUAAAAAUGUCACGUUGAAGAGAAUAUAGCGUCGCUUUAACAAUAAGUAUUAUCACAAAUUGCGGCGGCUAUUAAAUAAUAAAUCGUGCUGCGAUGCGUAAUAUAAUGUCAGUUUGUAACUCAUAUGUAUUAACGUGAUGACCUCGAUAGUGUAACAUGUUGAUAGCAUAUAUAUUGAUCGCUUGUACAAGCCAACAAAUUAUUCCUAUUCCGCUGUCAAGGAAAAAUCUAUUUUUACAUUUAAAGAGACUCGUCAAUUGUAUUUUUCGCAUUUAUAUCGUAAGAGGAAACGCAAUUUUGCUCAUAAAAUAUUAUUCAAAUAAAAUUCUAAUCAAGUUAUUCUCUACCCUCGAUAAAAUCGUCUUAGUGAGCGAAAAUCUUCGCAAAAUCAUCAUAAAGGAUUAUCAUCGUUAAAUAAAUUUUCAAUAAAUGUCUCAAGUGCGCGUAUAUAUAAUUUUCGGAGAUUGAUACCUGUUUUAUAGCAAGAUACCGAUUAUAGAUACUGUAUUAGUAUCGAAAUAUACAAAUAGUAUAUUAAUUAAUGGAUUAAGAUUCUUAAAGUAGAAUAAAUAAUUAAUUGCUCAUCAUAGAAAAACCAACAGUCAUUUCACAAUGCGUAACGUUUUUGUCGAAAUCUAUUAUGAUAAAUAUCGGACAAAUGCAGUUACGAAAACUAUGAUCCAUUAGUACAAAUUAUCGAAAACAAUUA